AUGUAUAACCUCGAAACUUUUGAAAUUUGGUACUAGCUGCUAGUUAUAUAAAUGAAUUGAUUAAAAAAAGAAAAAAGUCAAAUACUUUUAAAUGAAAAUCAGCUAUUCGCGCAACAGACAAGAAGGUUUGUGUUGUGCAUCAUUUUUUGGCAUUCACAAAAUCCCAUGAAUAAUUAUUUUGUGAAAGAAAACUUAACAGUUGACAAUGAAGGAGAACAGCAUUAUGAACCCAGGUUUCACAUACAACAGAAAAAGAAUUGAUAGCUUUAGUACAAUUAAUGAGAAACCUGUAGAUGACAUAUCCCUUGAAUUCUUUUACAAACCACAUACCAUAACACUUCUGGCCAUUUCUAUAGGAGUGGUAAUUUAUACUGCGUUUGUCAGAGAUAAUGGUAGCAUUGAAAAGAAUAUUUGGGAUGGUUUCCUGUGCUGUGUGUUUUUCUUUCUUAUCAUUUCUGUGCUGGCUUUUCCAAAUGGUCCCUUCACAAGGCCCCAUCCUGUUAUAUGGCGAAUGGUUUUCGGUUUAAGUGUCCUUUAUUUAAUGGCGCUUUUAUUUCUCAUUUUCCAACAGACCCAGACGGUUCGUAACAUCCUCUUGUGGCUUGACCCAAGUCUUGCCACAUUCCACAUAGACAUGGAGAAGGAGUACGGUGUGAACUGCUCUGAUAUUACCGUGGAACGGAUAUGGAGUCACCUAGACGUGUUUGCUUUAGGCCAUUUUCUUGGUUGGAUGUUCAAGGCAAUUUUAUUCAGACAUGCAGGAAUUUUAUGGGCAAUUAGUUGCAUGUGGGAGAUAACAGAGAUUGCAUUCGCCCAUCUUUUACCCAACUUUAUUGAGUGCUGGUGGGACGCCUGGAUCUUGGAUGUUCUUCUUUGCAACGGUUUGGGAAUUUGGUGUGGACUUUUCAUUUGUAGAAAGUUGGAAAUGAGGGAGUACAAGUGGGUUGGCAUAAAAGACAUCCAGUCAACCACAGGAAAAAUAAAACGCGCAGUCUUACAAUUUACCCCUGAGAGUUGGACGUCGGUUCGUUGGCUGGACCCCAAGUGCUCCUACAUGCGGGUGAUAGCGUUUACGCAGUUGGUAUUAUUUUGGCAGGUGUCUGAACUUAAUACCUUUUUUUUAAAGCAUGUUUUUGAACUACCGCCUUCUCACACUUUGGUAACCGCUAGAUUGAUUUUAAUCGGUGUUAUUGUGGCCCCAUCCGUGAGACAAUACUACACGUAUUGUACAGACACCCAGUGUAAAAGACUAGGAACUCAGUGCUGGGUGUACGUAUGCAUCAUGGUAUUUGAAGCUCUUUUGUGUAUUAAACAUGGACAUGGACUCUUUCAACAGACCCAUCCUGCCAACAUAAUCUUGUGGUUUCUGAUACAAUUCGUAAUUUCAGUACUGUGCGUUAUAGGAUGCGUUUUUUGGAACAAAUACUUCAAUGCAGGCGAAAUUUCUCGAGAGGCAAGUCCUAUUAAAUAUAAAGGGAAAGUUAAAUUUGGUUCUGGUUCAAAACAAGACUAAAGAAGUAAAUAACUUUGGUAGUUUUUCAUAUCAAAGACUUGUGCAUUGUCCUCAGAUAAUUUCUAGUCAUUCUUGACAUUUGUAUUUAAAUGUAUUAGUCAAUUUAGAAUUAUAACUUGAUUUACUCUCUCUUCGUGAGACUGUUGCGUAAAUCUUUGCAUACCAUGAAUGUUAUUGUUAAAUAUUUCUUAUGUACGAUUACGACAUUUUUUUAUACCAAAAAAGUAGUAUUAUAUAAUGCUAAAGAGUUACAUUUCGCAAUUAUUAAUAAAACAAAUAUCGGAACAUAGGUUUUCUCGGUCGGAAUCCGUGGUAGAAUUAUGAUUAAUACUUCAUUUAGACCCACUACCCUUCAACCUGAAUCAUAAUUCUACCAAGAAAAAAAUCGUAAAAAUUAAUUAA